CCAUGGCUGCAGAAAGGAGAGGCGGCGGCGGCCUCGGCUGAAGAAAGAAGGCGGGAGCGGAGAGCGCAAGCGCGGUUGCAGACGUCAACGGAUUUGCUUUGGAAGCCGGAGUAGCUGCUGCCACCAGAGUCUGGAGCCAUGAGUGGGUUUAAUUUUGGAGGCACUGGGGCCUCUACAGGCGGGUUCACAUUUGGCGCUGCAAAGACAGCAACAACCACACCUGCCACCGGCUUCUCUUUCUCCACGUCUGGCGGGUUUAAUUUCGGGACUCCCUCCCAGCCAGCUGCGAGUACCCCUUCUACCAGCCUCUUCUCACUCACUACCCAAGCUCCGGUGACACAGACCACAGGAUUCAGUUUUGGAACCACCACCCCUGCUGUAGGAGGAACUGGAUUCUCCUUAGGGAUCAACACUCCGAAGCUCAACUUGAGCAGCGCAGCUGCCACCCCGGCCACGGCGCACCCCAGCGGCUUUGGGCUCAGCAGCAGCACCCUGACCAACGCCAUCUCGAGUGCCGUCACCUCCAGCCAGGGCGCGGCGCCCACCGGCUUUGUGUUCAGCUCCACCACCACCUCUGCCGCUCCGUCCUCCACCCCCGGGGGCUUCACCUUCACGAGUGGAAGCACGUCCCAGACCGGGACCUCCGGGUUUAGUCUUGGCUCCAUGGGGAGUUUGGCCCAUCCCACAGCACUUGCCGGGCUGCCCUUCACUCCGGCCACUCAGGCAGCCACUGGAGCGGGGGCCACACAGCCAGCCGCUCCCGCACCCACCGUGACCACCACCAGUGCUGGGCCCACGCUCUUUGCCUCGCUGGCAACUGCUCCAACUUCGUCCGCCACCACCGGACUCUCCCUUGGUGCCCCAGCAACCACGGCGGGAACUCCCGGGGCUGGAAUGCUGGGCUUCAGCUUAAAGGCCCCUGGAGCAGCUUCUGCCACCUCCACAGCCACGGCCACCACCGCCACCACCACCACCAGCAGCUUCGCCUUGAAUCUAAAACCACUGGCGCCAGCCGGGCUCCCCAGCAACACGCCAGCCGCCGUGACCGCCCCGCCUGGCCCCAGUGCCACCGCUGCGGUGUCUGCCAGUCCUGUGAUGACCUACGCCCAGCUGGAGAGUCUGAUCAACAAGUGGAGCCUGGAGCUGGAGGACCAGGAGCGGCACUUCCUGCAGCAGGCCACGCAGGUCAACGCCUGGGACCGCACGCUGAUCGAGAACGGGGAGAAGAUCACCGCCCUCCACCGCGAGGUGGAGAAGGUGAAGCUGGACCAGAAGAGGCUGGACCAGGAGCUCGACUUCAUCCUGUCUCAGCAGAAGGAGCUGGAGGACCUGCUGAGCCCGCUGGAGGAGUCGGUCAAGGAGCAGAGCGGGACCGUCUACCUGCAGCACGCCGACGAGGAGCGCGAGAAAACCUACAAGCUGGCGGAGAACAUCGACGCGCAGCUGAAGCGCAUGGCCCAGGACCUCAAGGACAUCAUCGAGCACCUGAACACGUCCGGGGGCCCCGCCGACACCAGCGACCCGCUGCAGCAGAUCUGCAAGAUCCUCAACGCGCACAUGGACUCGCUGCAGUGGAUCGACCAGAACUCGGCCCUGCUGCAGAGGAAGGUGGAGGAGGUGACCCGGGUGUGCGAGGGGCGGCGCAAGGAGCAGGAGCGCAGCUUCCGGAUCACCUUCGACUGAGCCGGCGGCCGUCUGCGGGCCCGGGGGUCCCAGGGUGUCCCCCGGGGGAGGUGCAGUUAUUGUCUGGUUUUUGGUUGCAAUGAAAUACUUGUUUGUUUCUUUCGUUCAAACAAUUGUGCUGUUGAGAGAACCGUUCUGUGGUUUGACUUUUUGUAUUAGCAAAUAGAAAGUAUUCGAAGCGCUCGCGUCCAGGCAGCCGCCUAGUAGGUGUGGUUUCUAUGUGUAUCUUUUGUGUCUCCUGGACUCUUUUU